GUUUCUUCUUCUUACAUGUGAACAGAGGUUGAGAAGGUUUGGAAGCACAGUCGGGAUUGACUGAUUACUCUUAUGAGUGAUAGGCAGGGAAGCAGGAGUUGUGGGGGUGGAGUUUUCAAGUUCUGGGGUGUUAUUUGGGAAGCCUGCUGUUGUUUCUUACCUGUGUGUUGUUUGCAAUUAUUGUAAGCCACCCUGAGCCUUUCUGGAGAGAGAAGGAUAUAAAUCUGAAUAAUAAUAAAAUAACAUCACCACCAAUAAGAGCCAUCCCAGCAAGCCCUUCAAGAGGAGAUGUGACUUACCCUGACGUGAGUUUUUACCAGUUCCCUGCACAAAAUGUUUUAAAUGGCAAAACCACUUCCUUGCCAGUGUAACCAUGACUGUGCUAGGGCUCUGGCCCAUAUAAAAAUGUUGUAAAGAAUCAUGUUCUUAAUUCACAUUAUUAGGCAGACCAAAAUUCCAAAUGUUGACCUGUUGAAGUGAAUGAAAGUCACGUUUCUUUGGAAAGCGAUGAGUCUCCCCUUCCUGCUGCAAUGAAUGCUUUUCCUAGUACUGCACAGUGGUUGGAUCUUGAUCCAGUUAGUCUUCCAGGACUCAAUAUAGGCCUAUCUUGAUGUGGCUAAUUUUAGGGAGGAACCCUUAUGUGUGAGUGAAGGAAGAAGUGGCCCAGUGUGCACGAUUUUAACCUGAAACCCUGGAGACCUUGGCUCACUGCCUUGUUCUGCCAGCAUCUUCUUCUGUAUCCUUGAGCAAAUUACUUGCAGUACCCCUGAGCAUCAGUUCUUCCUCCAGCCUUCAUAGCCUCACAGGGAGAUUGCCAGGAUAACCGCACUGCAAAAUGUUUGCUUUUGGGCUGAUUUGUUCCAGAUAUUUUCUUUCCAGAAAGCUGGAGCAAAGACAUUUUUGAUCCCUUAGGGUAUACGUUUCUGGGAGCCCUCUUCCCACUCAACGGUUCUACAGCUGAAGUGAGUAAAAAUUAGAAAGCUGAAAAUGUCUCUCUCUCUAAUGGUCUCUCUCUCUAAUGGUCAGAGAUACCCAUAUUAAUUGAGAGGGGUGCAUGUUAUGCUGUAACAAAAGAUCACAUCAGAAUGCAGCUGCACAAGAGGGCAGAGUUAAGGUGAAGGACAGCCCAGAGGCCAGUGCUAGAGGAGCUGAGCAGUAAGCAGCAGACAAAGGAAUGGCUGUUUCUUGCUGAGAGAAUCCUCUCUGCAGCUUCUGUCAUCUCAAUGUGGAAAAGACACAGGCAAAUUAACUCAUUUGGCCUGAGUGCUGUACAAGGCAAACCUAAGAGCCAUACAUGUGACCAAAGCAGAUUCCUGGUCAAAAACUGAGUGAAUGCUGCAAAUACCCAGCGCUACUAUCUAGGCAUUGCUCACUCAGCAGCCUGUUCUGGGGUGGAACAAGGCAGAUGCUGUGCCUAAAUGACAUUGGCCACCAUGUUAUGACAGGAGCUGGGGAAAUGGGUUCCCAGAUAAAUGGAUUGUGGGUUAAUUUAUCUGCAGUUCAGUGGAGGCCUGACCAUGCUGCCUGAGAUGGAGCAAUCCAUAUUAUACUCAACAAGGCCAUUGCUCGAAAAUGUUGAGGUUACAAAGCACUCAGAAAAUCAGAACUGCCAAGAUUAAGUUGCUUGUAAAACCUUAAUUUGAGGCAUUAUGAGGCAGUCUGCCUUGUUACUCUUCACACCACACCAGGGCUUCAUUCAGCACACAGGGUGGAAGGCUCUUAAUGAGCAGUGAGUCGCUAUCUCGGUUUCCCCUCAUUGUUCACGUUACUCAAACCCUGCACUGAAGGGAGAACUUACAUUUCUCUGGAGCUUUUCUGUGGUGCUCCUACUGUGUCUGAGCACUUUGUGAGCAUCAAACAUCCAUUCAUUGUCACAGCAUCCUGGCAAGAUGAGAGAGUAGGCUAACAUUGUAUUUUCUAUAACCUAGUUGCGUUCCCUUCCUCACCCCCAUCCCUCUUAUAUUAGUCCCCUGCUCAGGCGCAUGGUAUUUCCCUACUGGCUUUUGUCAUCUUGUUGGUUCAUAACUCUUAACAUCUUCUAAAAAAAUUCAAUUUGUUCCCAUUUCACAGACAGGGAAUUGGGGCACCAAGUUCAGUCAAAAGAAUACACUCAUUUUGUGAACCCAAUUUGGGGUGCCUAGAACAGAGGUAGCCAGCUUGCAGUCCUAGUGCUACAAGUGAUAUGGGUAUGCAGCAGAUUGGGCAAGGGGCAGAAAAUAAAGCAGCAGAUUGGACAGGGGAAGGGGAUUGGAGGGGCGCUUGAGGAAGAUGAGGGGCUGAUUUGUGGCACGCUUGCCAAAAAGGUUGUCCCCCACUGCCCUACAACAUGAUUCUUUGGCAUAUUUCACACUGUAUUCACACUGUACAGCCCUCUCCAUAUGUUCAAAAAGCAGCAGUUCAGUUACAGCUACAGGCACACAGCACGUCUGCAGACCAGACAGCAAGAUCUUAAUUUGGGCAUCCAGAGAAACAGUGGACACCUGUAAUGAGCUUGGUUUGAGAGAUUUGUUCAGCAUCAUCGCACCACACAGGACAUCUGAGGGGCACGCUGGAUUGCCUCUGAGAAGCUACAUUCAGUCCCUUGGCACAUGUGGAAUCAUAGCCAACAGGCCCUGAUUGGUGGACUGCAUACCACCAGCAACUUGGCAAGGAUAUAAAACUGGUACCGCAGCACUGAAGACAAGCAGCACUGUGUCUGUGCUUCUUCCCCACCUUGAGUCCCAGAGCAGAGCCGUCUGGGUAGCUCUGCUUGCAGUGGUGCUUUGUAGCAAGGCCCUGCAGUGAUGUGGCUUCUUCUUGGUGCUUUGGCCCUCCUGCUCCGUUUGGCCGCUACAUCCAAUGCUGUCCCGGGCUAUGUGGUGGUGCUGCCGGUACAGCUGACCUACCCUUCUACGGAGAGACUGUGCAUGGACCUGGGGGCUGUGAAGGAGCUCCUGAAGCUCAACAUCACCCUGAAGACGAAGGUCAAGACCUACCAGCUGCUGGAUGGGUUCACCUGGGAUAAGAGACAGUUCAAGUGCUUCAGCUUUCUGGUCCCACCUCCUGAAGGGGGCAUGAAGGAAGUUGUCCACAUCCAGAUGUUUGUGGAUGAGACUAAGAUACAUGAGAAACAAGUCCUGAUUCAGAGCAUCAACAGUGGUACUUUUGUGCAGACAGACAAGCCCAUUUAUACUCCAGGCCAGCUGGUGAGGUUCCGCAUCGUCACUCUGAACAGCAGUUUCAUCCCAUUGAAUGAUGUGUACCCGCUGGUGGAGCUGAAGGAUCCCAACCAUAACCGAAUUGGCCAGUGGCUUGAUGUGAGACCGGAUAGAGGCAUCACACAACUGUCCUUCCAGCUGGCUGCUGAGCUGCUCCUGGGGCGCUAUACCAUCAGUGUGCCCAGCAGGGGGACUUCCAGCACCUUCACUGUGGAGGAGUAUGUGCUACCCAAGUUUGAAGUGAUGGUGACAGAGCCUGCCCAGGUCUUCACGUAUGACACAGCUUUUCCACUGAAGGUCUGUGGCAGGUACACAUAUGGGAAGCCUGUCCAGGGCACAAUCCAGGCCUCUGCAUGUCAGAAAACCAGCAUUUGGUACACUGACCACAUGUCAUCAACUCUCACAGACCUCUGCUGGAAGUACACAGCCCAGACCGAUCAAACUGGUUGCAUCUCAGCCUCCGUGAACAUGUCCUUCUUCAACCUGGUCAACUACAGGUUUCGCCACAGCAUAGAGGUGAAAGCCACACUGGUGGAAGCUGGAACAGGGCUGGAAGCAAACACCAUUCGUGUUGCACCUAUGUCUGAGCAAGCUGGUUCACUGAGUUUUGAGGAUUUAGACAGAUAUUAUCAUCCAGGACACCCCUACAGUGGGAAGAUUAAAACGCUGGGCCAAGAUGGCUCCAUACUGAAGAACCAGGAGCUUAUCUUGGUUUCUGAGGCAGAGAACAAGCAGUCCAACCAAAUCCUCAUUACUGAUAGCACUGGGGUGGCCACUUUCACUUUGGACACAGCUGUGUGGAAUGGAAGUGAUGUGUCUCUGGAGGGAAGGUUCAAGUUCCAGGAUCCAGGGUCCAAGUCCAGAAACACCAUCCCAGACUACCAGAAUGCUUACUUCCGCCUGCAGCCUUAUUAUACCACCACCAAGAGCUAUCUGAAAAUCCAGCGUCAGUGGGAAGAGCUGCCCUGUGACCAGCCACAGGAGGUCCAGGUGGAAUACAAUGUGGACCCAACAGACCUGGGAGAAGAUGGCGAUGAAGCCACAGAAAUCCUCUUCUCUUUCUAUGUGGUGGGGAAUGGGCGACUCAUAAUGGAUGGUCAGAAACACAUUAACAUCACGAAAGAUACCGCUUGGAAGGGCUUGUUUGCCAUCCCUCUCACCUUCACCUCCCAGUUGGCUCCCAACCCCUUCUUGGUGGUUUACACCAUGUUCCCUAACGGAGGCAUUGUUGCUGACAAAUUCCAGUUCAAGGUCGCCACAUGCUUCAAGAACCGGGUCACCCUGGAAUUCUCCCAGAAGCAGGACUUGCCAGGGGCAAUUGUGACUCUUCGGCUGGGGGCAGCGCCUAACUCACUGUGUGCUGUCCGUGCUGUGGACAAGAGCGUCUUGCUCCGUACUCCUGAGACUGAGCUGUCCGGCAGCAGUGUGUAUGGCAUGUUCUCUUUCCCAAAUGGAGGUUAUCCCUAUGAAGUUGAUGAGGAUAUUGACUGUUAUAUACCAGGAGUGAGGCCAUUUCCUAUACCUGACCUAGAACCUGUGCCCCUGGACCGUCAAAGACGUUCCAUUUUAUGGUUUGACCAGGGGGCUGACUUCUUCAGCUUUCUCAAGGACACAGGUUUGAAAAUUCUGUCCAAUGGCAAAAUAAAGAAACCUCUGGAUUGUUCAGUUAAUGGAAUACCCCAGGCUUUUCCUCUUCUGGGAGGAGAGGAAUUGGGAUCCAGUGACUCCCAAGUCCGGCAGUAUUUCCCUGAGACCUGGAUCUGGGACCUCUAUUUCAUCAAUGAGGCAGAGGAGGCUCUGGUCCUGUUCAACAUCCCUGACACCAUCACAGAGUGGAAGGCCAGCAUGUUCUGCGUGUCAGAGAGCAGUGGCUUUGGGAUGUCACCUACAGUGGGGCUGGUUGCCUUCAAGCCAAUCUUCGUGGACCUGGCCCUGCCUUACUCUGUGAUCCGUGGGGAGUCAUUUAUGCUGACAGCCACUGUCUUCAACUACCUGAAACACUGCAUGAGGAUUCAAGUGAUCCUGGACGAGACUGAGGAAUACGAGGUGGAGCCAUGCAAAGGCUGCAAAUACACUAGCUGCCUAUGCACUGAUGAAGCAAAAACCUACUCUUGGAAUGUGAUAGCUACCAAACUGGGUGAGGUAAACUUCACCAUCACUGCAGAGGUGUUGGAUAGCAAAGAGCUGUGUGGCAGUGAAAAGGUGCUGGUGCCAAGUGAGGGCUGGAAGGAUACUUUGAUCAAACAUGUCCUUAUCCGGCCAGAGGGCAUCCUUGUGGAGAAGUCUCACAGCUCCUUGCUCUGCCCAGAAGGCAAUUCUACCUCAGACUCAGUGUCCCUGCAAGUACCUGAGAACGUGGUGCCAGAUUCAGCCAGAGCCCAAGUGUCUCUGCUCGGUGACAUCAUGGGCACAGUGCUGGAGAACCUGGACCAGCUGGUGCAGAUGCCCCAUGGCUGUGGAGAGCAGAACAUGGUGCUCUUUGCCCCCAUCGUCUAUGUGCUGCAGUACCUGGAGAAAACAGGGCAGCUGAGCAAAGAGCUGAAGGCAAGAGCUGUGGGUUUCUUGCAAACAGGGUACCAAAGGCAGCUUCAGUACAAACAUAAGGAUGGCUCCUACAGUGCCUUUGGAGAGAACCAUGGAGAAAGCAGCACAUGGCUGACGGCUUUUGUGGCCAAGUGCUUCAUCCAAGCCCAGCAGCACAUCUUCAUAGAUGAUAAGAUCAUCCAGCAGGCUCUGCAGUGGAUGGCUGGGCACCAGCAGACCAGUGGCUGCUACUCCAGCAUGGGAAAGCUCUUCAACACAGCAAUGAAGGGUGGCGUAAAUGAUGACAUCUCGCUCACUGCGUACAUCACAUCGGCUCUUCUGGAGGCAGGGAAGCCACUCAGUGACCCAAUGGUGAAGAAUGGCUUGAAAUGUCUCAGGAAUGCUUCCUCCAUUGUCACUGGAAUCUACACUCAGGCGCUGCUGGCAUAUGUCUAUUCAUUGGCUGGAGAUGGGGCUAGGAGGGACUCUCUUCUUGCUAAGCUGGACCAGCAGGCCAUCAAGUCAGGAGGACAGAUAUACUGGAGCUGGAAGCCUGUUCAGCUCCCUGCUCAGGAUAGCUGGUCCCAGGCCAUGUCUGUGGAUGUGGAGCUGACAGCCUACGUGUUGCUGGCUUUGCUCAUGAAGGAAAAUGUGACUAAGGAAGAGAUUGCAUUUGCCACUGGCAUUGUGACCUGGCUCACCAAGCAGCAGAACGCCUAUGGGGGCUUUGCCUCCACCCAGGACACCAUCGUUGCCCUCCAGGCCCUUGCUAGAUAUGGUGUAGUGACAUUUAUCAGGUCGGGAGAUAUUACCAUGACUGUAAGAUCAGGCAACAGCUUCCAGCACUCCUUCCACAUGGAGACCACCAACCAGCUGGUACUGCAGCAGCUUCCUCUCCCCAACAUUCCUGGAGAAUAUAGUCUGCGUGCCACUGGCACAGGCUGUGUGUACGUGCAGACAGUCCUGUGGUAUAACGUGCCUCCUGAGAAGGAUGGAGAGGCCUUUUUUCUGAGUGUGAAAGCAGCAGGAGACAGUUGUGAGACAGCCCCCCAUGUCCUGACCCUCUGCAUCAGUGUCAGCUAUGAGGGAAGACGGAGCACCUCCAACAUGGCCAUUAUUGAGGUGAAGAUGCUGUCUGGAUUCCACCCUGUCCAGGGGACUAACUCCUAUCUUCAGCAGCAGCCAUAUGUGCAGAGAGUGGAGUUUGGGGCUGAGCAUCUCACCGUCUACCUGGAUCAGCUGGAUAAGGACACUCAGAUGUAUUCCUUCACCAUCAGCCAAGAUGUUCCUGUCAGGGACCUGAAGCCAGCAGCAAUUAAAGUCUAUGAUUACUACCAGCCAGAUGAACAGUCGAUGGUGGAGUACACAGAUCCCUGCCAGCAAGGAGAAGUGAUGGACAGAGACAGAUGGUCCCUGAUGUAAUUCACAAGGAAUUCCUGGUUCUGGUACUGAUCUGACCUUCAUGGCUGAGGACAAAGGGAGUCAUUCUCUCUGCUGCUCUCACAGACCCGGGGAGAGAGGGUUAUAUCUUUCUAAUCUGUCUUGUCAGGGGAGGGAGGGGCUACAGGGGAAACAUUCAUUCAGUACUUUAGAGAAAGGAAGAAAGGAGCUGGCAGUCAGAAGGAGGGGACCAGAAGGAGGGGGCCAUUUAGGGGAACAUGCACACCUUGGCAGUUCAGAGCCAAGUGACUCCCUCUAACAUCUUCUAGGCAGAGGGGUAGGAGUUAUUAGCAGAGGAUGCACUUGCCAGGCAGAUCUAUGCCAGGUCAGUGAGGGGGAGGGCUGGGAGAAUUACACUCAGAGGUAGAGAGAGACAGAGGCCUCUCAUCACAGGGCUACUCUUGUUCAUGUGCUGUAUUUUGGUAUGAAAGAGGUGGUAAUAAAUUGUUAUUCUGGGUGUCUCACA